CCAGCGCCGCCUCCCCACUCCAAAUGGGGCGCGUCCUCUCAGUGUUAGGGAGGCCGGCGGGACCCGUGACACUCCGUUAGACUCCCUCAGCUCUGGGAGAGGGCUCAGCCCCACCGCCCCCACCCCUGCCCCGGGCUGCUAUUCACUGAGCGCUCGCGGGGUUACCCGGGGCUGUGCCCCGUGUCGAGUGCCCACCCCCGACGCUGGAUUUUCGCCUCUCCGCAUCUUGCGAGGCGGACACCUUGAAGCCCAUUUUUCAGAAAGGCCCUGGGCGGCGGGAGUCCGGUCCUCCCUUUACCCCGGGCAGAAUGUGGACGCUGGCUGAGUGCAAGGGACCCGGCCCGGAGCAACUUCCCGCGGCCUGAGACCUUCCGACUGUGGCUCCAAGUUUCUGUCCCCCUGGGGUCCCCAGCGUGGACUCACGCUCUCCAGAGUCUCGGGGUCUCAAGGCAUGUGGCCAUCUCUCCGCACGCCUUCGCCCUCCUCCACGCAGAGACGCGCGGGGUCUCCGGGCGACCUUUUCGGGGUUGGGCCCGGGGCACCAGCUCUGGCCUGGGGCGGGGUGGUCACUUCUGAGGUUUCGGGCUGGGGAAAAGGCUCCACACUCAGAGACGACGGGGAACGGCCCUUGCCUCCUCCCACGACGCUCCCGUGGCUGUGCACAGCAUUGGCCGGGGUCGGGAGGCCUGGCCUCGGGUCCCGGUAGAGCCCCUCCUCGUGUGACCCCGGCAGUCUCCUCCGCCUCUCUGGGCCGCAGUUUCCAUCUGUGAAAAUUAGGCUUUGGACGCGGCAGACUGCGGCUCAGUGCUAGGCCCCGGGCCUUAGGCACUCCUGUUGGAGGCAGGGAUGGGGUGUCGUGUCUUGAGCUUCGGGGGUGCGGAUGGGGAGUGAGUGGGGUAGCAAGGCCUCCUUCCUGGGGCUUCGGCUACAGGUCCCAGCACUGAAGCUGUUUAGAAACCAUACUGGGGAAGUGAAGACGCACCACCGGACAGCGAGGUCCUAACUCUACCCCUGGCGGGCCAGGGCUCCUGGGCGGGGGCCCGGUUUCCUCCCACACCCUCCCUCCCAUGGGGGCCACACCACACACAACCCAGCUACUCCUUACCCGGCCCCGGCUCCAGUCCUCAGGCCACAGGCCGGGAAGGGCUUAAGCCGGGCGGCCCAGGCUGGGGCGGCCUGAGGUGCUGGGGCGGUGCUGCUCCGUCCGGGACGCGGGCCACAGAGGCCUCGGGUGGAGGAGGCCGGAAAGGAGGACAGGCGGCGGGAAAGGGGGAUGAUUCAUCCCGAGGAGCUCGAAUUGGAAACGCUGCAACCUGGGAACAGCCUUGCCCAGGCCGACGGGAGAGCCGGAGGGGAGCUCUACCGGCAGGGCCCCGCGCCCAGCACCUGCAGCCCCCUGCGCCCUGCCGUGGCCACUGCCCGGCCGCUGGGGGAGGAGAGGCCUCGUCUACGCGGAGUUUAAAGCAAUCCCGGGCAAAGUCUGCCGCUGGUCUUGAUCGGAACGGUCUUCCUGGAGUCUAGCUCAAGUCUCUCCUGCUGCAGCUUCAGUGCAGACUGAGGAGGUCUGAAAGGAGGGGGCGGGCAGGAAGAGGCUGGAGUCAGUGACACCCCCUCCUUCCUACGCUGCGGUAUGUAAAGCGCAGUAGGGGGGAGGUGGGGCCCGCGAGCGACCCCAGCGGACCCGGGCGGUCUGUGCGCCCCCUCCCUCCUUUACGGUGCACCCACGUGCGGGGGUGAGGUCGAUCCCGGGCGGGACUUACCCUGGAGACGCCACUGCCGGGGGGCCCGCACACCUCCUGAGGCCCGGGGCCGGCGGGCUGGCGAAGAGGGCUCUGGAGGCCGGAGCCCCGCAGCCAAGGAUGCGCCAGGUAGCAGCCCGCGCCCCCCCUCCCUCCUCUCCGCCCGCGGGCCCGGCCAACUCCGGCUUCUGCCGCGCGUCCCUGGCUCCGAGCUCCGCUGCGGAAAACCCGAGCGGGGGCGGCUCCCCGCCUCGCGGCCCGGGAAAAUCCGGGGGUGGCCGCCAGGGAUCUCCAAGCGGCCUGGGCGAGGCAGCCUGAGCUUGCCUCCCGGAUUUGGGCCCCCCACCUGGCGCUCCGACCCUAGUAGGCCCGUCGGUUCAGUCCCUGCCUCCCAUCUCUCUGCAGAGCGCCUAGACGACGGCGAGAUGACGGCUGGGAGCCCUGGAGACUGCGGGGAGGUGCGCAGGAGCCCCGAGGGCCGCGUCUCUCGCCUGGGCCGCCGCCUGGGCCGCCGCCGGCGCCCGCGCUCCCCGCCCGAACCUCUGCGGGUGCGGGCACGGCUGCGGCUGCGCUCGCCGUCGGGGGCGUUCGCGGCGCUGGGGGCGCUCGUGGUACUGGUCGGCAUGGGCAUCGCAGUGGCCGGCUACUGGCCGCACCGCGCCGGCGCCCCAGGGCCGCGCGCUGCCAAUGCCAGCGCGCCCCUCCUCAGCGAGCUGCGACGCGAGGGUCGCGGCGCCGGCCGGGCCCACGGCCCGCACGAGCGGCUGCGGCUCCUCGGGCCGGUGGUCAUGGGCGUCGGCCUGUUCGUGUUCAUCUGCGCCAACACGCUACUCUACGAGAACCGCGACUUGGAGACGCGACGGCUUCGCCAGGGGGUGCUGCGGGCCCAGGCGCUCCGCCCUCCUGACGGCGCCGGCUGGGACUGCGCCCUCCUCCCCAGCCCCGGACCCAGGACUCCCCGAGCCAUAGGCCGCGCAGAGCCAGAAAGUUGGGACCUGUCCCCGCGUCGGGGCACCUCACCCGUCCCGUCAGUGCGGAGUCUGCGUUCAGAGCCUGCUAAUCCUCGCUUGGGGUUACCUGCCCUGCUCAACAGUUACCCUCUGAAGGGCCCAGGGCUGCCCCCACCCUGGGGUCCACGGACCCAGACUGGCCAUGUGAUUAUCACCGUGCAGCCCUCUGGUUCCUGCAUCGAACAUUCCAAGUCUCUGGAUCUGGGCCUUGGGGAGCUCCUACUUGGGGCCCCGGCAGCUCGAGACUGCGCUCACCGGAGCUGGCCACGGCUGGACCGCCUCAGUCUGGGGGGUUAUGCCAAGUUGGGAGGAGGAGGGGACUUGGGAGCCCGGGUUUGAGGAGCAGGGGACAGCCUUCUAGGCGGCUGCAGCAUGGACAUUGGUAACAGGACCAGAAGUCCUAAUAUCUAGUAGAAGCAUCAGUCACAUCCCAGACUGGAGGUGGAUGCUCUGGCCCCAUCAGCUGCUAAGGCAUCCUGAGUUGCAUGUCGGCAGACAAAUGCCAACUGCACAGGGUUCAAUAAGCUGGAGACAAUGAGCUUUAAUGUGGAGUCUGGAGACCAGCAUGACUCGGCCUUGGGAUCUCUUUUAAGCCUCCAAAAGUGGCCUUACUUAGCCUCGGACAGGUACCUGAGGGGGCUGGAGGUCCAGGUCAGGGUGACUGGGAGAAACCUGGUGUCUUGGCAAACCCCAAGUGGUGAGCAAGGACCCUUAAGACUCAGAAGGUAGGUUGGGAUAUUACAGGCUGGGAUGGGCUCCCUCCAAGGUGGUGCCAGUUGCGGGGUCGGGGAAGACAGGCAAUGGGGUAGAGCAGAGACCCUCCACUGCCAUCUGGGAUGGGGCCUGAGGCUUUAUCUCCCACCACCUCAGCCCCUGUCUCCCCUCAGCCAUGCGGGGUACACCCCACUAGGGCUACACUACUGCCAAAGUCUUCCUACCGAGGGUCUGGCCCCUCCCUAAACAGGUCUGAGAAGCCCCCUUCUCUCCUCUGUCAUGGCCUGUGCUGCAAAAUCUCCCUCCAGCAGGCAAAAAGCAUUUGUCAGAUCUCCUUUUAUACAACGUUGAAGCCACAUUUUGGCCAAUGUUGGGUAGCUUACUUUAGAAAAUGGCUUGAAUUUGGGUCUCCCUUACCCAUGUUUAAUUUUUCCCAGAUUGCUGGUAGGAAAAGAGAACUUUAAAAGUUGAUCAAUUCUCACAGAUUCAGUCUUUUUUUUUUUUGUAAGUUUAUUGAAAAAUGCAAUACAAGAAGCAAGAC